AUGCGUUGGAGAGACCGUUUCUUAUUUUGUGCCGAAGCUCUUUAUAAAGCACAGGCUGAAACAGGUGAAAUCAAAGGGCAUUACUUGAAUGCUACUGCCGGUACAUGCGAAGAAAUGAUCAAAAGGGCUGUCUUUGCUAGAGAACUGGGCGUCCCUAUCGUAAUGCAUGACUACUUAACGGGGGGAUUCACUGCAAAUACUAGCCAACAUCUUGCCUUCUUCAUUUGGAUGGCUAUUUCAAGUCAAAAGGUCGGUUGGGUUGGUUCUUCUCGCAUGGGUGGUGAGUUGAGUGCCACAAUCCCAGUCAUCAUUGUUGAUCCAUAUAAGCCAAAGUUUGUGGCACUGGCGAUGUCUCUGGCAUAG